UCAAUGCACGGUGCCAAAUGUGAGCUGCGUGUGAUUGGUUGCCAGCAGGGGCAUGGUCAAUGUGUUGCUUGCUGCUUAUUUCUGUCAGUGUUAUUCUCCUAUUCUCUCAGAGAGCAGCUGUCCACUGAUGCCUCGCUGGAUGACCCAAUCUCCCACAUGCGGGAUUAGUGAGGCGCACACCGAAUAGACAGGAGCUUCGCUCUCUCAGAUAAAAGAAAUGGACCGACAAAACGGAUUCUAUCGGCAGGUAGAUGUCCAGGACCACGUUCACUACAUCGUGGCCUUUUUUGUCCUGGUGAUCGGAACAGUGGGAGUUACUGGCAAUGCCUUGGUCAUGUAUGCAUUCUUCUGUAACAAGAAGCUACGAACACCUCCCAACUUCUUCAUCAUGAACCUGGCCAUCAGUGACUUCCUCAUGGCCACCACACAAUCACCCAUCUUCUUUGUCAACUCCCUUUACAAGGGUUGGAUUUUUGGGGAAACAGGCUGUAAGAUCUACGCCUUCUGCGGAGCCUUAUUUGGCAUCACGUCCAUGAUCAACCUCCUGGCUAUCUCCGUGGAUCGCUACAUCGUCAUCACCAAGCCUCUUCAGGCCUUACAGUGGACCUCCAAGCGACGCACUUGCUUCAUCAUCUCCCUGGUCUGGCUGUAUUCCCUUGCCUGGAGUCUUGCACCUCUUCUGGGGUGGAGUUCUUACAUCCCAGAAGGACUGAUGACUUCAUGCACGUGGGAUUAUGUGACGUCAACGCCUGCCAAUAAAAGCUACACGCUGAUGCUAUGCUGCUUUGUCUUCUUCAUCCCUCUGGGCAUCAUAUCCUAUUGUUAUCUGUGUAUGUUCCUGGCUACCCGCCAUGCAAGCAGGGAAGUGGAGAAGUUGGGCUCUCAGGUGAGGAAGACGACUUUGAUCCAGCAGCAGACCAUCAGGACUGAGUGGAAGUUGGCCAAGAUUGCCUUUGUGGUGAUCAUAGUGUUUGUCCUCUCCUGGUCGCCCUAUGCAUGCGUCACCCUCAUUGCCUGGGCCGGGUACGCCAGGGUCCUGAACCCGUACUCCAAAGCCGUCCCCGCAGUCAUCGCCAAAGCCUCUGCCAUCUACAACCCUUUCAUCUACGCCAUCAUCCACUCUAAAUACAGGGAUACUCUGGCUGAAAAAGUCCCCUGUCUACACUUCCUCGCCCAGGCUCGUCGCCCGAGGGACAGCAUGUCCGUGUCACAAAGCCAGUCCUCCUUCAGGCACUCCAUGUUGAGCAGGCAAUCGUCUGUUUCCAAAAACAAGUUUGUCCAGGUUUCCUCCUCCUUAUCCACAAUGGACACUCAGGUUUGGAGUGAUGUGGAGCUGGAUCCAAUGGACCAGAGCCGCUGUCUGGAGUCCAGCUGUUCCCUCGGAGCCCUGAAGGAGAAGGACCAGAGCCAAGAUAAAAGACCACAUUGUCAAAACAGAUUUUCACUGAAAUUCUAGCCACCCUUCCGAGAACUCUAAGCACACGAUCAAAAUUUGUGACCCGAGUGAGUCAACAUGGUCAUGCUCCAGGGUUGGGGGGAGGAAGAAGAGGAGAAACCAAGAUGGUGGAACGUAGACAUGUACCUGGAAGAUCAAGAGGAGGCUGGCUAAAACAUGAAGCAAAGAAGGCAGCAGAAAGAAAACCAGACGUUGAUGUCAGGGUCCUCGUGCAGCCAGACUCUCUUGGGACACGACUAAAUUUGUUUGUCCUCUUGGACCCAAUGACAGACUAGACUGUGGCGUUUGAGUGGAAAAACAAGGACAAAGAAAAUGGAGUGGAACAUGUCGAAUACCAUGUUUUCUCACGGAGUGGGCUCUGCUCUGUAUACCCUGUUCCUCAUUAAGCACCUUGAGAGUCAUACCAUUGAAUAAAUAAACGCCGCACCCUAAAUCAAUGCUUUAUUUGUCCCCUGAGCAUAUUGUGCAGAUAAAGUUACACACGAUGAAAGACUGGAAAGUACCCAAAGACCCCCCAAAAGGGCAUCGGGCAGGAGCAUGACUCAGCACAGUUUUUGGGGAAUACACAGAUUUUAAAGUAUGAUCUGUUUUAAUUUAGUUGCAGAAAUAAUACUAAUAUCAAAAUGGUCCCCACCCCCUUACAUUUUUCUUAAUGCGAGCGAACCUCAGUGGCAAACGCUUGCACACCUCUAAUAUAUGUUUAACCUUCCUCUUGUGUUAGCUUUCUGGUAUCAUCUCUUAUGUUAACGGGUCGGUUUUGACCCAUGUAUUAAAUCAGCUAUAAAAUACACUAAAAACAAUAAGUUACCAUCAAAUUUACUUCUCAUGUCUUGGUUACCUUCUUAGGCUUCCUCAUCCAUGGAAAUGUUGGUUUUAAUACUUUUGGUGUGGGCAUGUAGGCCUUUUUUUGUCACUAUACCCCUCCAUUUCAAUUUCCAAAAAUGGUCAAAUGAACCUCAAAAGAAUCCUAUUAAUAAAUUGAAGGUUCUUUUGUUACCUGGCUAUUACUGAGGGCUAUAGAACAUAUCUCUUAAAUCAAUUAGUUUGAUUUAUUUUCUCAUUUUAGUAUUAAUCAGUAAAGAAACAUCUAUGGUUUUCGGGUCAAUUUUGACCCAUAUAUAUUAAUAUCAAGAAAAGGUAGAAAACGUUAUUGUUUUCAGCAACAGAACUUUAGUAUAAACUGAAAUCAAAAAGCAGAACAGGUCCAGAUCUUGGUUCACGGUACUUCUUGACAUUUUUUUUUCCAUGAUCCAAAUUGUAAAUGUGAAAUCAGCCAAUCAAAUGAGUGAAUUCCCCUCACGUGUCUGGACCUUGUUUUUCUGCUGGUAUACUGGAAAA